AUGCCUCGCCACUCAGACUCCAUCUACGAAGCUUCCGAUCAUCAAGAUAACCACCAACAGCAAGCUUCGUCCUCCAACUCUGCUCGACACCUGCUACACAACAGCUCUGCCCGAUCCCAAUCGCCCACAAUGAGCGCUGCCAACGCCCCGCACCACGAGGGUUCCUCGACCGGCAAGGGUCGUGCCCCCGACUACGAUGAGCACGACAACCGCACCGAGACCACGACCAACGGCGGUGGCCUUGGCUUGGGCCAGGGCGGCUUCAAGCCUCACGGAGAGAUGACGGUCAAGCCUCCCACCAAGGAGGACCUCCAGCGCAGCUACGCCAAGGUUGUCGAAGAGGACGCCAACCCCAAGGGCUGGUACGGAACUAUGAUCAACACUUUCGGCGCCGUCAUCGGCACCAUCGGUGCCAUCCCCUGCUGCAUCGUCUGCCCGAACCCUUACAAGAACGUCAACCAGGGCAACGUCGGCCUCGUCACCAAGUUCGGCAAGUUCUACAAGGCCGUCGACCCGGGCCUGGUCAAGGUCAACCCUCUCAGUGAGAAGCUUAUCCAGGUCGACGUCAAGAUCCAGAUGGCAGAGGUUCCCCAGCAGACCUGCAUGACCAAGGACAACGUGACGCUUCACCUCACCUCGGUCAUCUACUACCACAUCGUCGCCCCCCACCGCGCCGCCUUUGGAAUUUCCAACGUGCGCCAGGCUCUCAUGGAGCGAACCCAGACCACUUUGCGCCAUGUUGUCGGUGCCCGCAUUCUGCAGGAUGUCAUCGAGCGCCGAGAGGAGAUUGCCCAGUCCAUCGGCGAGAUCAUCGAGGACGUCGCCGCCGGAUGGGGUGUUCAGGUCGAGAGCAUGCUCAUCAAGGACAUCAUCUUCAGCCAGGAGUUGCAGGAGUCGCUCUCCAUGGCCGCGCAGAGCAAGCGCAUCGGUGAGAGCAAGAUCAUUGCCGCCAAGGCCGAGGUGGAAUCCGCCAAGCUCAUGCGCCAGGCCGCCGACAUCCUGUCGUCAGCACCCGCCAUGCAGAUCCGCUACCUUGAGGCGAUGCAGGCCAUGGCCAAGUCGUCCAACAGCAAGGUUAUCUUCCUGCCUGGCCCCGGCCAGACGAUGCCCAACAUUCAGCAGUCGCUCAGCGGCAACCAGACGGGCGAGUCGUCGGCCGGCGCCAACAAUGGCACGGCGGACUUCAACGACUUUGGAGGUCAGGACUCCGGCUUUCAGCAAGCUAUCAACUCUCGUGUGAUCGAAAACAUUUGA